ACCAGUGGGACACUUUCACCAUCAUCAUCAUCACAUCAUCACAUGCGGUGCACAUCAGAUCUGUACACAGACGCAUAAUGCUGCUUUUAUUCAACAGUUGAGGACGCAGCUCUCUCUCAUCACGCACUGAUCCGGGAUCGGACGCGUGUCCUCGGCUCUCGGGUGUGUGUGUGUGUGUGUGUGUGUGUGUGUGUGUGUGUGUGCGGGAGCUGAAGCAGCAUGUGCGCGUGUUCUGCAUCAGUCUGUCAUUGACUCCGGCUCUGCAAGGAUCUUCUCACAGCAUUGCGGUGACUGGAGAAGUUGUGCGGGAUAGUCUCACCUUUCCACUGCGGUCUCCAUGAUCUCCGGUCUUACUGAGCGCUGCUGUUAUUCGUCCAGUCGAUCGUUCAAUCCUCCUGCCUUAUAAAGCGGUCGCUCUUCGACAGAGGAAUAUAUCCUUAUUGACAAAACACAGGGGAUGUUUCUAUUUUAAACCGGAGAUCUUCACCUCUGCAGAAGUGAUGGGACUCGGUCAGUCCAGCAGGACAUCGGUCACUGAUGACCCGGAGGAGGUCAACUUUGACCACUUUCAGAUCUUGAGAGCCAUUGGUAAAGGCAGUUUUGGCAAAGUGUGCAUUGUCCAGAAAAAGGACACAAAGAAAAUGUACGCCAUGAAGUACAUGAACAAACUCAAGUGCGUGGAGCGCAAUGAAGUGCGCAAUGUCUUCAAAGAGCUCCAGAUCAUGCAGAACCUAGAGCAUCCGUUCCUGGUCAAUUUCUGGUACUCGUUUCAAGAUGAGGAGGACAUGUUCAUGGUAGUUGACCUGCUGCUGGGAGGAGAUCUGCGUUAUCAUCUACAGCAGAACGUGCACUUCACAGAGAGCACAGUCAAGCACUAUGUGUGUGAAAUAGCUCUCGCUCUGCACUACCUGCGCAACAAACACAUCAUCCACAGAGACAUUAAGCCUGACAACAUUUUGCUGGACGAGCACGGUCACGCUCACCUGACAGAUUUUAACAUAGCUGCUAUUGUGAAGGAAGACUUAAAAGCCACAUCUAUUGCAGGGACAAAACCAUACAUGGCCCCAGAACUGUUCCAGUCGUUCGAGGGAACACACCCGGGUUACUCUUUCGCAGUGGACUGGUGGUCUUUAGGGAUCACUGCAUAUGAGCUUCUCCGUGGACAGAGGCCGUACAUCAUGCGCACCAACACACCAGCCAAUGACAUCCUGCAGACUUUCCACAAAGCGUACCCCUGUUACCCUUCGGCUUGGUCUACAGGGAUCAAAUCACUCUUACCAAAGCUGCUGUGUGUCGACGCUCAGAAGAGGAUUUCCAGUCUCUCGGAGCUCCAGGAACUGGAAUACCUCUCUGAUGUCAAUUGGGAUGCUGUGCUCAGCAAACAAAUCCCACCUGGCUUCCUCCCUAAUAGGCGGCGACUAAACUGCGACCCCACAUUUGAGCUGGAGGAGAUGAUCCUGGAAUCCAAACCGCUUCAUAAGAAAAAGAAGAGGCUGGCGAGGAAGACGAAAGAGAGCGGCUCUGAUGGAUCUCCUCAGAAUGGGCAACUCCAGCUGCGCUUAGAGAGUGUCCAAAGAGAUUUCAUCGUCUUCAACAGGGAAAAGUUGAGGAAAACCAAAGCAGACGCUGAGACCAACAACCUCGAUGCAGAAGAGACGAACAAAGCCAUUCAAGAUGGACAGAACAACAACGUACAGCAUUGUUUAUCAAGUUAACCUCUGGACGGCAUUCCUGCUUCACUGGAAGCUGACGGCGGAUGCAUGAGAAAAUCCAUACUGGGAGACUGGAACAUCACGGAUUCUGGAAGGAAGCAUUAUCCUGGUGUGAACCUCACGCUCUGAACUAACUGACGGCGUACGCUGGUUGACAGUGACAGGCCGACUACACAAUCACAUACAUACAGAAAUAACAGAAUGAUGACGCUCUCUGCACCUGGCUGUGAAAUGUGUGCCUUACUAGUUUAAUGGAUUUCUCUAAUUCCCCUCGGAGGCACGUGAAGAUUAACUGUUGUCUGAUUCAGCGAGUGAUCAGACUCCAGCCGUCCGCCAUGAUUUAUAAAGCUGCUCUUGCUAACAUACAAAUGCGGAGAGCAGAAUGCAAAGAUAUUCAUUUCACGUGAUCCAUUCAAAUGAUGUAGAUGUGCACCUUAAUGGAGCUGGAGAAUACUGUCAUUCAUGCCACUGAGCGCAUUACUUGGCCUUUCUGGUUCUUAAGCGUUUUUGGAGAUUCAUUGCUGGAUUGUGCUGCUAAAUUAAGAUAUUGACCACACUGCACAGAUCAAAUAAUAAUCAAAUUAUUUAAUAGCAUCAUCUGACAAGUCUGACUAAGGUUUGCAUAGCCUAGGAAUAUUCACACAAAGCUGUCUCAUUUAUAAUAAAAAAAAAGAUAGAUUUAUAACAUAAAUGCAGUUCAUUUUCUUCUGAGGUCUCAUACUGUAUAAACAUAGGGCCUAAUAUACUGUGUUAAUUUUCCCAGGUGUUUUACAUUACACAUUGCAUUGUGUUUUAGGGCUAAAGAAAAUGUCCAUAAACUUGAAUGAUGACAUACCGGCAGAACUUUACCAGUACCUUUCCCAUACCUGUGUCUUACAGUGUAGUUCUCUUAAAGUUUGGUGGAAAUAAGCAACAAUGAAUCAAUAUCGCCAUCUAGUGGUCGGGUAAAUAUUAAAUAUUACAGACAAUCCACCCAGAAAUAUUAUUUUUAAAAAAUGUCAAGUUUAAGCCUAGGAGUUGAACCCAUUUAUUGCUGUUUGUAUGUCGUUGUUAUUAUUAAUAUUAUUUUCAUCUAAUUUAGAGUGUCUUUUAAUAUUUAGGAGGAUGUUAAAUAUAUAACAUCAAGUUAAACUAAAUUUAAACUAUUAAAAUGUAAUAUCACCUGCUUUAUAUAUAAUUUUUUAUUGUUGUUGUUAUUAUGGAAUAUACAGCUAAUUGCACUUGAUAAUUUGAUAGCAUAACAGAACCAUUAGAAUUUGUUUUCCAAAACUCUGUAUUAUUGUACAAAUGCAAAAUGUGACUUUCUCAUUUAUUUGGGUGGUUUGAGAGCUGCAUUCGUUUCAUGUCUGUGUGUGUUUUAGUAGUUCUGAUUUCCUUGU